CACAGUACGGCCACACUGCUGCUAGCCCAGACGCUGCUUUUGUGGAAUUGUUAAUUAUUUACUUCGGCGAGCAUGCAAAUGAACCCGAGCGUCACAAUCGAGCGCAAACGCGUCGACUGCAGUGUCCUGCCAAAGGGUUGGCAGCGCGACGAGGUCCGAAAGUCCGGCAGCAGCGCCAAUAGCAACGCCAGCAGCAACAACAACAGCAGCAGUGCCACAGCCAGCAGCAACAACAACAAUAACAAGGUGGAUGUUUUCUACUACAGCAGUCCCACAGGAAAAAGGGCGGAGGGAAAGCCGCAGGACAUUGCAAUCCCUGAUUUCCAGUCUGGCAAGAUGCCACACCGCGCCCUGCCCUCGCCCUCCAUUUCACUGUACCGCUGCAGCGCCAUGCCGCUGCCCAUAGCGAGCGGGGGCGGUAAUGGGGCCACCAGCGGAUCAGCGGCCAAUGCCCUCAAGCGCAAAUUCGCUCGGAGUCAAGGAGCCAGUGCUGCAGCAGCAGCAGGAGGAGCUGCUCCCCCGGCAGCGGCCGCCUCGUCAGCAGCAACAGCAGCAUCAGCAUCUGCUUCACCAUCAACGGCCAAUCGCCAGCAGCAACAGAUCGAACUCAGCCGAGCCCUGCGCACAGAUGUCUCCCUGGUACCGCCCAUUCGACAGACUGCCUCGAUCUUCAAGCAACCGGUGACGGUGAUUCGCAACCACAAGCAGGAUCCCGCCAAAGCGAAGAAUGAUCCCAAGCAUGGCACCCGGGAGAAGCCGAAACAGCUGUUCUGGGAGAAGCGACUGGAACGACUACGCGCCUGCCACGACAGCGGCGAGGAGCUAGACGACAUUUCACUGCCCAAGACCAUACGCACCGUUGGCCCCAAUGUCAACGAACAGACCGUCCUCCAGUCGGUGGCCACGGCGCUGCAUAUGCUCAACGCCGGUGUACACGGCCAGAGUUCUACGAAGGCUGAUUUGACCAAGAAUGCCAUGGCGUUUAUGAAUCCUGAACAGCCGCUCAUGCACGCGGUGAUCAUUUCGGAGGACGACAUACGCAAACAGGAGGAUAGGGUUGGAGUGGCGCGGCGAAAGCUGCAGGAUGCACUCAAGACAUGAGUUCAAUGGUUACCCCUCAUGCAUCUACCAAUUCCAUUGUAGGCUCUAACAUCUCUAUCGUAUUGACCCCUAUUCGAAAUCUACAUUUAAGACUAGUGUGUAAUAAACCAAAUCCAACUCCAAUCGA